CAGACAUCGCAAGCAUCAUGGCGGACUUUCCUCAAAAAGGCUAAUCUCCUUUUACCUCUUUCAUUUAUCUCUUUCCUUUUUAAGUCGAAUUUUGUAAAGCUAGUUUCCGUGGAAUAAUGGCCGAAUUUCAGGCAGUGAUAAUGGCGGCUGGCACUGGGUCUCGUAUGUUUCCUCUGACUGAGAGAAUCCCUAAAGCCUUGUUACCUGUUGGAAAUUUGCCACUGAUAUGGUACCCAAUUAAUUUGCUCGACAAAGCAGGAUUUGAAGGUAAAAGGCAAAGCUGUGAAUUAUUUGAGCCCAGUAAAUGAUGUAAUUUAUCCUGCGCAUUAAAACUUGUAUCAUCCUUUCUGUUAUUUAAAAUAAUUGUUAAUUUUUGCGAAAAGAAAUGUAGACACGUUUGUGCAUGUGCUAAACCUCCAUAGAAAGCUUUGAAAAUCUAGGAAGUUUAAUUUAUCCAAGAUAAGGAUAGGGUAAAUUCCCCUUAUUGAUGUACAGCUGCAUCAUGGGAUGUGAAAGAGAAAUAAUUUUAUUCACAGGGGUUUCAAUGUUUCCUGCAAAGCCUGCAACAGCUAUCUGCUACUAUUUUAUUUUUAAGAAUUCUUUAGUCUUCCUCUAUGAUUAUAGAUAAUAACAUGAUUUUGACUGAAAUUUGGUGUUAAUAAGCUCAAGUAAAAUUUUUCAAAGACAACAAAAUUGUGGGCAAGUGUAUAUUGUAGUCUUUGAACAAUUACAUGUGGUUAGUUACACCAAAUUGCACUCAAAAUUAUGAUAUGUUAUUAUGUGAAAAAGCAUCAGAGAAAGUCAAGACAGACUUGUGUGGAAACUUUGCACUUGUAAAUACAGAUUCAUUAUCUAAGAGAUUUUCAAACUCAGAGAUUACCUUUAAUCUAAUCAGACUUUCUGCAGUAUUAAGAUCACCAAUCAGUCCUUGAAUGAGAUGCCUUAUAUGUACUAAAGAAUUUCAAGUUUAAUAGAGUGUAUUCCUGUUUGAGCUAAUUGAGCUUCUUGUUUCAGCUUUGAAAUUUUUGAGGGUUUUGUCUCCAGUAGCAGCUUUAUUGAAACAUAGUACUUAUACCAUAUAGAAGAUCCGUCUGUUGAGCUUCAGCUCAACAUCUCAAAACAUUGCUGCUACUGUUGAUAGGGGAUUCUUGUUCUUUUGCUUUCUGGUUUCUCAGGCAGUUUUUCAUGUUAAAGCAUUGUUUUUUUUAUUCUGGUUUUAGCCCCCUCCCUCUUCCACUUAUCAAUCCUUUCAGUUUUAACCUCAGCUAUGUGUAAAAACCAACUAUGAUGGAAUUGCCUGGCAACUAUCUCAGCUUACAAUCCUUACCCCUCCCUUGACCUAUUGUUUCCUUCACUUGAUAAAAUCAUAUUUUUUCACUUGAGUUUAACUCUGAUCUUGCCUUGUCUUCUGUGUUAGGAGGCACUUAAGUCAUUGUUGCCCUAGUAGAAAGGUGAUCAUUGUGGAGAGACUUAAAUAAGAGCAAAAGUAAUGCUUGCCUGUCAGAAAAAGAAAAACAGUGGUCAUAAGGGAGGCAACUGUUUUGGAGAGGUGGCUGUUCUAGAUUGAGCUUCCACUGUAAUCAUACAAACUUACUGCUCAUAAAUCAUACAAACAUAUUGUUCUCUAGUUUUGUGGAAUUUGAAAAUGUAAUAGAUUUUAAAGUGGAACAGUUGUAUCAGCUAGAAUCAAGAUGCAGAUGCUCUUGUGGUUUCUUUUGCAGAGAUAAUCAUUGUAGUGUUAGACUCAGCCUUGACAAGAUUUCACCAGCUUCUACCAAUUGUCUGUAAUCCUAGACUGAAGCUUGAUUUUGUCACUAUUCCUGAUGAUGCAGAUAUGGGCACUGCAGAUGCACUAAGAUAUAUUAAGGAUAAAAUAGAGGUCAGUGGAGAGAUUUAAAUGCUGUAUGUCUAUGACUUUGUGUAACAAGUAACAAUUUUUAGUUGAGUGCUGUUUCUUGUUUGUACAUGUUUAGUAAUGCUUGCACCAAUUACAAUCAUUGGUAAUCAGUAACUGCUAGUAAAAUAUUUUUAACCAUGGCCAUUUCAGGACUUAACCUUUCUCAGUAUCAUUAAGAAAGGAAAGUUACAGAUAGUAUACACCAUAGCAUCAAUGUUGACUGCUUUUUUUUCAGAAAGACAUUUUUGUUGUAAGCUGUGAUCUUGUGACAGACAUUGCUCUUCAUCAUCUUGCUGAUAUUCACAGGAGUCAUGACUCAACUGUCAGUGCUUUUCUAGCUCCUGUUCCUCAGACAAGUGCUGAUAGAGAAUUUGCUAACAACCCUAAAGCCAAGAAGAAGACAGAUAACACUGGUAUAACUUACCUUCUCCAAUUAUUGUAAUCUUUCUGGCACAAUUGAAGUUAUUUUUUCUCUGGAAAAGAUGGCUCACAUAAAAAAGUUCAGUAAAUUUGAUAUAAAACUAGGUUAUAAUAAAAGAUCCACCCACCCCCAAUGAGUUACCUGUUCAAAAAUAAUUUUAAAAGGGGAGUUUUAUGGCUCUUUAAGUCCACAUGAGUGGAAGUUUGUUUGGACUUGGGAAAUUUUUGAGUCCCUAAUAAGUUAUCAAAUUUCACUGUGGUAUUGAACUUGGUAACAGAUAUACAUCUGGUGAUUCAAUUGAGUCAACUCCACUUCAGCAAGUCAAGGCAAAAAAUUUUGGGGACAAAACAAAUGCAAACUAUAUUCACAGUUUAGAGCUUGGUUUGUGGAACAUUACAAAUUAAAGAACAUAUAUUUGACAAAGCAAUAAACAGGAAAAAAGAUACAAAUGUGAAGCACCCAAUUGAGGUUAGACUGUAAUAAGAGAAAUUGUGUACUUAUUCUGUUAUGUUCUAACUUCUUUUUUUGUAACAGAUCAAUAUGACUACAUAAGUAUUGAUUCCAGAGAAAGUAGGCUGUUAUUCUUUGCAACAGAAGCUGAUCUUGAUGAAAUCUUAGUGAUUCGAAAACCACUUUUAAAAAGGUAAUGUGUAGGGUGUUAUCUUUGGAGUUUAUUCAUAAGUCUCCUUUCCUUUGGCAAGUAAUAAUUAUAGAUUACUUUAUGGUUGGUGAGUGCAAACAAUUUUUUUAUUGAGUUGUGGAGAACUGCAAACAAACAAGCAAGUCUUCAAGCAUGCAACUUUGCUGUUCAUCACAAUAAGUGAAUAAAAAAUGACCAAAAUUGUAUUGAGCUUCUGGUCAUACUGUAUUUUCUCUAGUGAGGAAAAUCAUACUACUAAUGGGAUUGCUCCUCAUCAAAGAGACAUGAUGAUGUUUAUCAAAAUUUGCACAGAGUUAAUCUCAUUACUCAUAUAAUAAGUACUUGGGUAUCAUCCCUUGACUUAUGAUCUUUUAUAUUGUCCUAGAUAUCCUUGCAUAAACAUUGUGAAAAAUUUAAUGGAUGCUCAUUUGUACAUAAUAAAGAAAUGGAUUGUUGACUACUUAGCAGAAAACAAGUAAGAUUCUCUUAUUAUAGCUGCAUUACAUAUUUAAAGCUUAUUCUACCUACUGUGAUUCAAGGGCUGCCAGGUUGAUAUAGGUUUUUGUAGUUGCUUAAAAUUAGUUGAUCUUUGUACUUUUCUUUGUGGCAUUGCAUGCUUUACUAUUGAGUAAAGAUUAACAAGGAAAUUGUAUGGAAGUGGAAUUUUACAUGUUAUUGAGUGAGAGGGAGACUGAUUUAAGUCUUGCUUUUACCAGUCUUUCCAAAUAAUAGGGAAAGUAUGCCACACUAGUUCUUUAAUUAAAUUCCUUUAAAUGAAUGUAAUGUUUUAAAUAUACUGUUUUACAAGAACAUUUUCAUACUUGAAUUUUGAAUAUAAUCACAAUGUCCAUUCAACUUCCUUUAAUUUUCAAGAAAUUUGGUUCUGUUUUUGAAUUCUUGAUAUUUACAGUUAUACUCUCACAUUAAAGAAAGAGACCCUUAUAGUAAGGUCACUUGCUGCUUGUUACUUGCUUGUUACUGCUUAUUGAGCUAUAAAUCAUGUUAAAUCAAAGUUAAAAGAGAAGAACACUGGAUAAAGAAGCAAGAAAAAAUUCAGGGCCCAAAUGGCUUCAAAGCUCAAUCAGAAGCUCAUCUUACUAGUUCCAAAGAUCUUAUUUUUCCAUUUGUUUUGGUUCUCAAAUGUUACUUUUUUAACGUAACCUUGGGUGUAUCUUGCAGGUCGAUUAGUUCAAUAAAAGGAGAGCUUAUUCCCUUUUUGGUAAACAAACAAUUUCAGAAGAACAAGAAAGCGAACAAAGUAGAUCCAAAAUCUGUUAGCACAGUUGUUGAGGAAUUCAGUAGCAUCAGACCAGGUAGGAGUUUAUCAGUGGAAUACAGUUAUUAGCCAGUUUGCUAUGAUUUAUUGAGUGGCCAACACACAUUGAUCUCCAGUAAUCCAAGGGAGAAUUAUAUUGUGUGUCAUCUAGGGGAUGUACCAAUAUCACUGCCAUGAACUCUAUUCCAAAAAGCCUCCUUUUAAUUCUUAGAGCUUCUAAGAAGCAAGGAGCUCUGAACAUUUUUACUUUUGAUAUCGUUUUUGUUUUUGUCAGAUAUUUAUGACUUUGCCAAAGAGGAUGAUAUUAUGUCAUACACAAGACAGUUGUCCUCAUGGAGUGGCACACUGACAGACAUUGAUCACUCUAACAGCAUCAGAUGUCAUGCCUAUGUCAUGGAAAAUGGAAUCUGCUUGCGAACAAACACUAUUCCACUUUAUGUGGAGGCAAACAGACAGGUCCUACUAGAACUUUUAAAAAUCAUUCAUCUUGUCCAUGUUUCUAUUCCUUUAUUCCAAACUCUUCUGGUAAUUUACUCUAAUUCCUGAGUUUUGGUUUAAUAUUUUUGUGUGACACGUAGUCUUAAAAAUUGGAUUUAAAAAGAUAAAAAAGACUGACUAUUAAUUUUCCAAAGGAUGUUUUGGACAAACUCUCUAGAUAUUGUAUUUCGUAAAAUGAGUACUCGGGCACUAAAUUUCAGAUCUUAUCUCUGGUCAGAAAAGUCCAAUUUCUCAGAGCUUAAAAAGUAAAUAACCCUUUGACCCCUAAGAAUGACUGGCACCUAAUUGCUCUUGACAGUAUCACCCCUGUCCAUCUCAUUGAGUGAUCUGUUGGCCUACAGAAUGAUUGAUUGAUCUGAUUUUCUGUCUCUAUGGUUGACUGAUGUUCUGGUUUGCAGCUUGACCUAAAAAAUUACAGAUAGGUUGUGUGUCUGUCCACCAGUCUUUGUAACACAUCUGGUAAAGCUUUAAGCAUUAAUUGAAAAUUUUCAUAGAUGUGUAGAUAAUUUUUUUCAGAUACCGAAGCUUCUUCCAGGCUUUACAUCCAAGGAGAUUACCCUUAUUCACCCAUUGGCUACAAUAAAGCCCAAAUCACAGGUAUUUAACAUGUAAGGCAGUCAAAGAGGGCAUGGUCAUUAUUCAUUUUUUUAGAGGAUCAAAAAUAGAGAUUUAAGAUGUCAUGAAGCACCAGAGGUGAUAUGACUAAGCCUUCCUGCACUUAAACACAUGCAUUUGCAGUUGUCACCAUCUUGCAUCAUCUAAAAAAUCCAGUAAAUUUUGGUCACCAAAGUUUGUUGCUUCUCAAUUAAAAGUUUUUGUUUGUUAACCUCCUCACCAAAAAAAUAACCUCUUUGUUUUCCAGGUGGGAAAUGAUUGCAUGGUUGAUGAGAGUGUAUCUAUUGGAGAGAAAGUUUCAAUAAAGAAAUCUGUUAUUGGAAAGCAUACAGUGAUUGGAGAAAGAGUCAAGAUAAGCAAUUCUGUGAUCAUGGAUCAUGUCACAAUCAUGGAAGGGUAAGGAUGACAUUGUGAGGGGUUGACUUGAUCUGGUAAUCAUUUGUCUCAUGAUAAAGCUACCAGUGGAAAUAAAAACUAAUUUUUCCAGGCAGUGGAAUAAAUUAUUGUGUUAAGUAUAGUUUCCUGAAUAUAUUGCUAUUUUAAUGUGUUUUUCUCUUAUAUUGAAAUACCUUUCUCAAUUUAAAUGUGGUUGAAUACCCCUGCAGUUGAAUAUUUAUUUUUUGAUAUGCAAAUAAUGUAUUGGAGAUGAUGAGUGACCAGGCCCUUAUAAAGAAUGUAAUUUUUUUCUGUCACUAGUUGCAAUGUACAGGGUAGUAUUAUUUGUACAAAUGCACAUAUCAAGAAGAAUGUUAUUCUCAAAGAUUGUCAAGUUGGAGAUUCUCACACCAUUUCAGAGGGAGGUUUGUAUUUUGUUACCUGUUUAUUACUAAAUAUGACACUUCCUGGCCGCCAUAUGUGUUCAGUGUUACUCUCAGGUUUUAUUUAUGGAAUUUUAAAUUGAAUCAGUUUCAGUAAGCUUUGAAGCUCCAACAUGAAAUGUGAUUUGCUGUUUAAAGCAUGUGGAGGAAAAAACUGUUUAACUUGCCACUUACAGAAAUUCAUGUAGUAUCAAACUUUAUGAAUCAAUUGUUUAUUUUUCAACAAGGGAUUUUUGUGAUAUAGAGCGUUUUCAUGAGCAAUGUCAUUUACACAAUUUUUCUAUUUAUUAUUCUUGAUUGGACCAUCAUUUA